UAGAAUUAAAUUAAGUAAGACCAAGAUGCCUCAUCUACAUAAGCAAAGAGACAAAGCUAAAGGGCGCAAGGAUUACUCUAAGAAGGAGCAAAGAAUGAUAUGCAUACUAAAAUCUUACCAGCUACUUGGGAAUUUAGUCAAGAUAAAACACACCCAAAACAUGACAAUAACAGGCAUCUUAUCAACUCUUAAACCAUCCGUACCCCAGAUGUUCUGCCUCCAGAACUGAAUUAUAAAGUACGAAAAAGAUGGCAAAACCCAAUUCUUCAAAUAAAGUGACUGUCAAGGUCGAGCAUGUAGUGUACAUGCAGGUUCUAGACAUCAAGAAAGAAAUGACUAAACUUCAAGUACAAAAGAGAGAUAAUGAAGAUAAAGAUAAAACCAAGGACUGUAGCCAGGCUAAUAGCUCACGAAGUAAUGAAAGCAAAAAGGAAGAGAGAGAACAACCUAAAGAAAGUAAGGAGGAAUUCCAAGACAGCAAGACAGGUAAAUUAUUCAUCUCUCGACAAUUUUGCUUAACCCUGGCUGGUAUAGCUCAUGAAGACCCACAAGAGGAUUUAAGCAAUAAGAUUGAAUCAAAAUCUCAAAAGACAGUCAGGCCUCCGAAGACUCUUCCCCCACUUCCAAAAAUUAAUGCAGGUUCGAAUUCACUUCCAAAAAGUGAUCCGCCAGACCAGGCAAUGCCUGAAAAAUCUGACUCGUAUGAAGCACCGAAGAGUACUAGGGCUCCUCUUCCAAAGACAAGGAAGAAAAAGAAUACUCAAAAAGCUAAAACUAAUCAGAAACAGUCUGAUUCAACUAAUCCUGCUUCUCCUGCUGCAGAGCAAAAGUUGCCUGAAAAAAAGGAAGAACAGCCUACAAAGUUAGAAACUUCUUCCAAAUCAAGCCCAAACAGUCUGUCUGCUUCUAAAGGAAACCUCCAAAACUACGCUCAAAAAUCCUCGGCGACCAAGUCUGACCAGCCACUUCAAAGAAUGAAGUUCGCCAUGAAAUAAGGGUCGCCAGUUUUUCCCCAAGUCCAGCUGCCUGCCUGCGCUUCCGCAGGCAGAGCCAGCUGAGGACCUCUGGAGGGACUACCCUUCCUUCUUCAUGACUUAUGACCCGCAGUGGGAUCCUAAUGGACCAAUCAAGAACCUUGACCCCUUCAGUUUGGCCUUUGCUCGGAAUUAUACACUUGACCGGCUACCCCCUCCUUUGUUGUUCCAGUGGAGUGAGAAUUCAAUAGACUAA